UUCCACGAUCAACGUCAUGCUAAAAAUGUUUUACCAUUACUGGCACCUUAACGGCCUUAACCCCCAGGAAGAGGAAAGCUCGCAGCAUCAUUGGUUCCCUGGCCAUCUCUGACAUCAAAUGAAGGUCCUCCAAUCACAUUGCCUUCUAUUGGGAAAAACCGUCUCCCGUUUCUCCUUCUCAAAUUCAUCAUCAACCCCACCCCCGUCUUUGCGGGGUGCGUAGCACGUGGAAGGCAUCAGUCAGUUACAAAAAGAAACGGCAGCUGAAUCACUGCGUUUUCUUCAUCCCACGUCUCACCCUCCCCGCUUCGCUCUUCUCAGCUAUGGCCAAGCUCGCUCGUGUCGAAGACAGACCAACGCCGCCAGAAGCAUACUCCUGGCGAGUGUACGUCAAUGCUCUGAUUGCUACCUUUGCGGCCAUUAUGAUUGGAUACGACUCGGCCUUCAUUGGCACGUCUAUAUCGUUGACCUCGUUCAAGACAGAGUUCGACCUCCUUGACAAGUCAACGCCCGAGCUGGACUUGAUUUCCGCCAACAUCGUCUCCAUGUACCAAGCAGGGUGCUUUUUCGGCGCUAUCUUCGGUUAUCCUAUUGGUUAUUUUUAUGGACGCAAAUUUGGAUUGAUGAUCACCGGGGCGGUUUUCUGCGUCGGCGCGGCCUUGCAGGUCGUUGCAUCAUCCCAUACCGGACUUGGAAUUAUGUACGCUGGACGAGUCAUUGUCGGUCUGGCUAUUGGAGUUGCAUCUAAUCUGGCGCCUAUAUAUGUGGCCGAAAUUUCUCCUCCUGCUAUUCGUGGACGUCUUGUCGGUUUGUAUGAGAUGUGCUGGCAAAUCGGAGGUGUCAUUGGUUUCUGGAUUAAUUAUGGCGUCACGGAGCACAUUGCCCCCAGCCACAAACAGUGGAUCAUUGCAUUUGCCGUGCAGCUUAUUCCCGGAGGAUUGUUAUUAAUUGGGACUCCCUUAAUGACUGAAUCGCCUCGCUUCCUUGUCACUCGUGAUCGCAAUGGGCAGGCGUUGAGAAAUCUCAGCUAUCUACGCAAUCUCCCUCAUGAUGCACCCUACAUCGUUCAAGAGUUCAGCGAGAUCGAAGCAGCGGUUGCACACGAACGAAGUUUGGCCGGAGCAGGGUUCUUUGGGCCAGUCAGGACUGUAAUGGCAGACGUGAAGCUGAUUCAGCGACUUCUCCUUGGAAUCAGUCUUUUUGCAUGGCAGAACGCCACCGGUAUCAACGCAAUCAACUACUAUUCCCCGACUAUCUUCAAAUCAAUCGGAAUUACCGGAUCAAGUACCUCACUUCUGACCACCGGUGUCUACGGUCUCAUUAAACUUGUUUGCGCAAUGAUCUGGUUGCUCUACCUCGUUGAUCAGUUGGGCCGCCGUAUUCUGCUAAUCAUCGGUUCCGCGGGUGGUGCGGUAUGCAUGUAUUAUAUCGGAGCGUAUAUUGCUGUUGCCGACCCACAAUCGAGUUCGACACAUACUGUUGAUGCUGGAGGGAAAAGUGCCGUUGCUUUCUUUUACCUUUGGACCAUCUUCUACUCUCCAAGCUGGAACGGCACUCCUUGGGUCGUUGGCGCUGAAAUCUUUCCCCAACAUGUUCGCACGUUCACCCAAGCGUGCAUGGCUGCAGGGAACUGGCUGUUUGCUUUCCUCAUUGCGCGAUUCACGCCUCAAAUGUUCACUUCGAUGGGCUACGGUGUAUAUCUCUUCUUCGCCAGCUUGAUGGUGAUAUCCAUCUUCUACAUUUUCUUCCUUCUACCCGAGACGAAGCAAGUACCGCUUGAGCGCAUGGACGAAUUAUUCGCUCCUGAUGUCAAGGCUUGGAAUGCCCACGCAAUUGUCACCGGACGUAUGAAAGACCAUUACUACGAAGCGGAGCAGGGAAAAGUACACCGGGACCGGUUAUCCCCGGAAUUAAAGAGUGAGGAAGAGCAGGUGGAACGGGUGACGCUCUCAGGAUGAUCACCUCACUACCGUCUCAGUCUACCUGUCCAAUGACCUCAAAUGUAGUAUUAUCAUUACUUAUUGUAGAAUUCAAUCAACACGCUCCACUUUUUUGACGUAGGACACAAGGAAUAUCAGGAUUCAUUUGACGACUCG